GCUGGAAUUACAGAUGUGAGCCACCGCGCCAGGCCCCCACUGGAGAUUCUUGAGAUUCUGAAAGGGACAGGUUCCCUGGGAACUCAGAAAGUCUCUAAUUUCCACCUGGAGCUCCCCUCAGUCCUAGAGGUCUAAUAAUCUAUGUGACAUGAAAUUAUUCUAGAGCAUUAUUUCUUCUAUUUUUUUCCCACAGGUGGUCAGUUUCUGGGUCUGCAUGGCUCAGUAGAGGAUGAAGUCCAACCCCCCAGGCUCCUCCCCAGAGGCCUGCAAAGCUGCAGGCCAGGGUGAGAAGAGCUGCCCUGUCUGCCAGGCCUGUGGAGAGGUCUCGGGUCCAAGGUCUGGUUUAGGGUCUGAGUCAGGGCCUGCACCAAAGCCUGGUGCCAUUCCAGGGUCUGGACUGGGGCCCAAAGCUAUUCCAGGACCUCAGGCGGGUUCUGGUGCUGCUCCGAGGCCUGGUGCUAUUUCAGGGACUGGACCAGGUCAAGGUCCUGGGCCAGGAGCUGGGUCAGUACCUGGACCAGGAGCUGGGUCUGUACCUGGGCCAGGAACUGGGUCUAUACCUGGUCUAGGAGCUGGGUCUACACCUGGGCCAGGAGCUGGGUCUGUACUUGGGCCAGGAGCUGGUUCUGGACCUGGUCUAGGAGCUGGGUCUGUACCUGGGCCAGGAGCUGGGUCUGUACCUGGUCUAGGAGCUGGGUUGGGACAUGGUCUAGGAGCUGGGCCAGAAGCUGGGUCAGUACCUGGGCCAGGAGCUGGAUCGGUACCUGGGCCAGGAGCUGGGUCUACACCUGAGCCAGAGCUAGGACCUGGGCUCAGACAGGGGUCUGGGACUGGACCCAAACCCGGUGAGUCAACAACAACCCCAACACCAGCACCGCAGCAGAAGACUCAAGCCAGACCCACAAAGGUUGCCAGGCAGAAGGUUCUGGUGACUGGAGGAGGAGGCUACCUGGGCUUUAGCCUGGGAUCUCACCUGGCCAAGAGUGGCACUCCUGUCAUUCUGCUUGACCGCCGCAGACCCCAGUGGGAACUGUCCCCGGAAACCGAGUUCAUCCAGGCUGACGUCCGAGAUGAAGAAGCCCUGUACCAUGCCUUCAAAGGGGUGGACUGUGUCUUCCACAUGGCUUCCUAUGGAAUGUCUGGGGCUGAGAAGCUGCAGAAAGAGCAGAUUGAGUCUAUAAAUGUCGGAGGCACCAAACUAGUGAUUGAUGUCUGUGUUCGCCAGCGGGUUCCGAGGCUCAUCUAUACCAGCACUGUCAACGUUGCAUUUGGUGGGAAGCCCAUAGAGCAGGGCGAUGAGGACUCCGUGCCAUAUUUCCCAUUGGACGAGCACAUAGACCACUACUCCCGAACCAAAGCCAUCGCCGACCAAUUGACCCUCAUGGCCAAUGGGACACCUCUCCCAGGAGGAGGCACUCUUCGGACUUGUGUGCUCCGGCCUCCAGGGAUCUACGGCCCUGAAGAGCAGAGGCACCUGCCUCGUGUGGCGGGCCACAUCAAGAAGAGGCUGUUCAUGUUCCGAUUUGGGGACCGCAAGGCACGGAUGAACUGGGUCCACGUACACAAUCUGGUGCAGGCACAUGUGCUGGCGGCCGAGGCCCUCACCGCGGCCAAGCGCUACGUGGCUAGUGGGCAGGCGUACUACAUCAACGAUGGGGAAAGCGUCAACCUCUUUGAGUGGAUGGCCCCGCUGUUUGAGAAGCUGGGAUACAGCCAGCCCUGGAUCCAGGUGCCUACUUCCUGGGUUUACCUGACAGCGGCAGUGAUGGAGCGCCUGCAUCUGGCCCUGAGACCCAUCUGCUGCCUCCCACCGCUGCUCACUCGGAGUGAGGUGCGCAGCGUGGCCGUGACGCACACCUUCCAGAUAGCCAAGGCCCGCGCCCAGCUUGGCUACGCGCCCGACAAGUUCAGGUUCGCCGACGCCGUGGAGCUAUACGUGCAGUCCACGGCACUGCGGCCCCGCGGCUCCACGGCGCGGACCCUCCUGCGGCUGCUGCUCGGGCUGCUGGUGUUCCUCGGCUUGCUCGCCCUGGCCCUGCACUUCCUAGGCCUGCAGCCUCUGCAUGCCUCCGUGGAGCGCCUGUGACCGUCCGCCGCCCGCCGGGGUCGGCACUGCUGCACCCUCUCCCACGCCCGGCUCCCUGGGCUAGUACCAGCCCCUGCCCCGCCUUCUGGGUUUGAGCGCGCCUCCGCUCCGCCCCUUGAAUCCUGGCCACGCCCCUGAGCCGCCCUCCACACCUAGCCCCGACUCCCGAAUCCUGGCGACGCCCCUGACUACUCCCAGACUGUGCCUCGCGCCCCUCCUGUGUUUUGGCCGCGCCCCUCCUGUGUUUUGUCCCCGCCCCUGUCCCGCCCCGCCCUCCGAAGUGGGCACGCUUCUCCUCCACCCCCUGAAUCCUGGCCACGCCUCUAGUCGGCCCCGACACUUAGCACCGAGUCCCUUUCCAUGUUUUGGCCGCGCCCUUGACCCGCCCUUCAGAUUGGGCACGCCUCUUCCCCGCCCCUUGACUUCAG